AUGGAUUUUUUCAGUAAAUACAGCUUGUGUGACACUCCCAUUGACCAGCACAAUGUUUCAAAACUACAGUCAGAUUCAGAGCAGAAUGCAAUGGUGUCUUGCCUAUCAGACACUGAAAGACAGAUGCUUAAACAGAGAAUUAAAGAACUACUCCUCUCUUGUCUUGAAUUCACAGUGCCACCUCUGUCUUAUAAACCCUGUGAGGAGGGCUGGAGGGCAUAUAGGGGAAAGUGCUACACCUUCUCUUCUAAUAUGCAGUCAUGGUUUGAGAGUCGUGAUUCAUGUGCUGCAUCACAAGCUCAUCUGGUCAUAAUAGAGAGUGCAGUGGAGCAGGCUUUUCUGCUCUCUAAAAAUAUAGAGACUUACUGGAUUGGUCUUAGUGAUCUGGAAACUGAGGGACACUGGAUUUGGGUGAAUAACCAAACGCUCAGUGAAACAGGUGUAGAGUUCUGGUUCAGAAGGGGAAAUCAGAAAAGUGAACCUGAUAACUGGAAUGUAGAUGAUGCUUCUGGAGAGAACUGUGCAAGUGUAUCUUGGGAAGCUCUAAACGCUUGGUUUGAUAACUCCUGCACAGUGAAGAAAAAGUACAUCUGUGAAAAGAAAUAUUCGUUUCCCUACCUUGAUGACAAUGAAAGUAAUUAACUUAACACACGGUUUGAAGAUGUUUCCCUAUAACCUAAUAAGUGUUUGAAAUA